AUGACGUACUCCCAUAAUGCAAUUUAUUUCUCCUAUGUAUUACUUCGCCAUUUUUAGUUACUUGGAUGGGUUGGUUGGUACUAGGCUAGUUGCUAAUAUAUAUAGUUAUUUAAGAAAAAGUUAAUAUGCGGUAUAUUUUAAAGUAUAAGAAGAACGACGUAUGCCCAAAGGUUAUUGCAUAUAUUAUAUUCAAAGUGCAUCUGUGGUAAAUACUAUAUUGGUCUACCCUACUUUCUUGUCUACUGUUACUAGUAAUACAAUAGUAUUCACUAUUACUAUUAGUUACUAAACUGCGUACUAAUGAUACAAUGUACUGCUAGUGCUACAAAAGGCUAAAUACAGCAAGUACUGUGUAUCAGUAACGUUAGUUUUCUGACUGUCAGUGGAACUACCAGUGUUGUCGUAAUGGUAGUGAACUGGUACUGUUUUUGACUGAUCAAAAGCUAUUCAGGCCUAGCCAUAUUUGGUUAGGCCUACAUCUAAAUAUAUAAUAAAUUUUAUUUAAACGUCGUAUUCAUAAGCAAGAUAUCAAUUAAAUGCUCCCAGAACAACAGUAGCCACCGACACUUUAUUUGAAUUGGAUGAUCUGGUUCUAAUUUCUGUUGAAAAUGGGAUCGAGAUUUCCUACUGAUAAGAUAAAUUUGAGACUCAUCCUAGUAACUGGAAAGACAAAGGAAUUCAUUUUCAGCCCCAAUGAUUCGGCUGCAGACAUUGCCCAACACAUUUUUGAUAAUUGGCCUCAAGAGUGGGCAGAAGAAGGUGUGUCCAAAGCAGAAAUUUUACGACUUAUUUAUCAAGGUCGAUUUUUACAUGGAAAUGUUACUCUGGGAGCUCUUCAGCUUCCACUAGGUAGGACUACAGUGAUGCAUCUUGUUCCUCGAGAAAACUUACCAGAACCAAAUUCCCAAGAUCAAAGACAAAAGAGUAAAGAAAGAAACAGUGGAUGCUGCAGUGGUACAUGCUCAAUAUUAUGAAGAGAAGAAAGUCGAACAUCUUCAUUAGGAACCACUGAUGAUGAUGAUGUAUUUUAGUAUAUUUACAAACAGCAUGGGUGUUGUGAAUUUAGUGAGAGCAGCUAACAUAUCAGGACUGCUGCUGUGUAAAACUGUCACUAGGAUGAAUGUGAUGUUUAGAUUCUCCCAUGAACACGUAUUCUGCUAUGGAGACUAGUAUUGUGUGUGAUUGUGCUAUCAACUUAUGUCGUUUGAUAUAGUGCCAUCACGACAGACUGAGUCAAACUGUGCCAUUAGGACAUGCCGUAUGAGAUUAGACUGUCAAGAAGCGGUGUGUUAAACUGUGUCAUCAAAAUAUGGCACAUGAGAUUAUGCCAUCCAGUCAUGCUGUGUUAGGUUGUCGUCAAGACUGAUGUUGUGUUAGUGAUAAGACUGAUGGCGUGUGAGUUUGUGCCAUCAAGAAUGGUGCCAUGUGAGAUUGUGUCAUCACGACUGCUGUCAUAGGAGAGUUUGUCUUGAAGGCUAGUGCCACGUGAGAUUGUCUUCAAGACUGCUGUCAUAGGAGAGUUUGUCUUGAAGGCUAGUGCCACGUGAGAUUGUCUUCAAGACUGAUGCCACGUAAGAUUGUUUCUGCAAGACUGGUGCCACGUGAGAUUGUUUCAUCAAGACUGCCGUCACGGGAGAGUUUGUCAUCAAGACUGGUGCCACGUGAGAUUGUGUCAUCAAGAUUGGUGUCAUGGGAGAGUUUGUCAUCAAGACUGGUGCCACGUGAGAUUGUUUCUUCAAGACUGCUGUCAUGGGAGAGUUUGUCUUGAAGACUGGUGCCACAUGAGAUUGGUGUCAUGGAAGAUCCCUCUCACAUGGUAAUUGGAAAUGGGAUUUUCCUGUUUUACCAACUUACAGCAUGGAGCUUGUACAUGUACUUCAGCUCCAGAUUUAAUACUCCUCAAACCUUUCAUUGUAGUAUGUUUUGUGGGAAGGUUCUCAUGUCACUAUAGGUGUAGAAAGUUGUCAUUCCAGACUGGUUAUCUACCUUCUUAACUAAUAGAUAAUUUUCUGUUUAUUUACUGGUAUUGUGUGGCAGUAGAUGUAUUUUAAAGCAAAGCAUACAAAAGUAGCACAUUUUCAUUGUAUCUUUUGUAGAUUGUGGAAAAGCCGAGGCGAUAGAUUUGUGUUGAUUGAGUCAAUAAGAGAUGGAUAGUUAUGUUAUGUGAAAAAUCUUCCACCUGGAAGAAAUUUACAGCAUGUACAUGAGAAAAUGAAUAGUCGUAAAGUUUUAGAUUUGUUUUUGUAAAUUGUGGUAAUAUGUUUGAAGUUUCUUGUAUAGCAGAAAAAAAACAACAAAUGGCCGGCCUCGGUGUUUAAUAAUUUCAUUCCAUUUUUUUAAAGUGAAAUCUAGAUUUUGAUAGCGAUAUGCAAGUUUUCUUGUGGAACAACAGGUUGAAGUUUAUUGUGUAAGGGAACAAAGUGUAAAGCACAUUGUUAAGUAUGACAUUUAUUCUUGCUUGUUUGUUUUAAUUCUGCUGCAUAGAAAUCUCAUGUAAAUAUGUGUUGUUAUAUAUAAAGAAAUGUAAUAAAGAGAUGAGCAGUUUGGACAGAA